CAGGUUCCUAGUUGAAUGUCAGUCUGGUGCCUCGGCCCCCGGAGAGGGAGCGUUCGUUUGCAGUUCUUGUUCCUUCCGAUCCCGGGCUGCUGGGGCCCGGGUCGCCCUGGGGCAAGGCCGGGAGACGCGUUAGGUUUGAAGUCAAUAAAGGGAGGCUGCCACAAUUUUUGUACUGCUAUUUCUAAAAGUGUCAGUUACAAAGAACUUAAAAACCUGCUGAAUUCCAAAAACAUCACAUUGAUUGAUGUGAGAGAGACAUGGGAAGUCCUUGAGACUGGAAAAAUCCCUGGGUCCAUCAAUAUACCAUUGGGUGAGGUUGGCCAGGCCCUCCAGAUGAACCCAAGAGACUUCAAAGACAAGUACAAUGAAGUAAAGCCAUCCGACUCUGACAACCUAGUCUUUUCUUGUUUAGCUGGAGUGAGAAGCAAGAAGGCUUUGGACACAGCAUUAUCUUUGGGCUUUAACAGUGCUCAACACUAUGCUGGAGGAUGGAAAGAAUGGGCAACAUAUGACUUUUCAGAGAACAAACAAGGACAUUGAUUCGUGGAUUACAUAGUGGCUCUUUCCUUGUGUAUAUGCAGCCACAAAUUGUGGAAUGAACAAAAGAAUGAAAAUCUAAUCCAGGCACCACCAGUUAAUGGCUGGGAAAUUUUGUGUAAAUCAAGUACUUGUUGAAACUUUUCCUUAUCUAUAAAUGGAAAAUACCACUUUCCCCUGCCUGCUUCCAAAGGCUAUUGAGGCUUACAAUAAUGUAUUUGAAUUGCCAUGGAAAUAUGAGGGUUGGAAGUCUAGGAAUUAAUUUUCAGUGUAGUGUAGUUUGAAAGACUAACGUUACUUGUGUUAACCAUUAUGUGACUGUGUUAGUAUAGCUUUUGAUCAUCAAAGACUAUAAAUUAGACCACUAGAUUAAAAAUCACUGACCUUAGAAAUGUGAUGAAGAAGCUGGGAUACUGAGAAGGUGAAAGUUGUAAAGGGAAAAUAUAUUCACAGCCUAUAAGAUCAUAGUAGUGCUGUUAGCAACAUGGUGUUAUAUAGCGUUAGAAGCAUAACAUUUGCAAUUUUGAGAUUUAGUAUAAUCUACGGAGUCCUGGUGGUACAGUGAGUUAGAAGUUAGGCUGCUAACAGCAAGAUCAGAAGUUCAAACUCACCAGCAGCUCAGUUGGAGAAGGAUGAGGUUGUUUGCACCUGUAAAGAGUGGUGUACAAGUUCUGUUUGCAUUGGCAAUCUUAGGACGCAGUUCUACUCUGUCCGGUAGGGUCACGAUGAGUCAGAACUGGCUCACUGGCAGUGGGUUUGCUCGUUUUGGUUGAGAGGGGUAGAGGGCAAAACAGCGUUUGCUCCUUCAGAAGAUUAACUGGAAAAGGCAAGGAUGGCACAUUCUAGGGUGUUAGCAAUGCUCUGUGACUGAGGUGUUCUGGUACAUAUGUAUGCCUGUCAAUUCACCGAGCCUUUAAAACUUAUGCAUUUUUCUGUUAUUAUACUACAAUUUAAAAAACAAUGAAAAAUUGAUAUGGUAAUGAUUGUACAAUUCUCCUGGAUAUGAUUGAACUACUGAAUUGUUUGACUUGUAAAUUAUGUGCCAAUACAACUGUUGGAAAGAAAAAGUUUAAGAUAGUUUUAGAAAAGUAAUUAUAUAGAAUCAAUAUUAAUUUCAAAGUAAAUAUAUAAAAUGACAAAAAUCAA